AUGAAAUCAAAUUCAAACUUCGCUUCCCUGCCAGUUGAACUGGUCGAGUUAAUCUCAGGCUUUAUCGAUGCAGAUGGCUUAAUAGCACUACGUUUAGUCUGUCGUGACCUCCAGAGGAAAACGUUUCAUCACUUCGCGCAACGGUUCUUUUCAUCCAUCAAGACCGACCUCUCUGGAGACAGUCUGCGCCGUAUUAAUACACUCUCGCAAAAUACCGCCCUACGCCCUUAUGUGAAUGGGCUGGCCUUCACGCUUCAAAAUGGUGUCGGUCGCGGCUUGGUUUGGGACCGUCAUCCAUGGGGUCCUAUCUCCGCUCCUCUAGAGGUCGAACCGAUUCGCUCUCUACGUGAUAAUUUGAUCCAGAAUCUGACUAAUUGUCGAUCAUUCUUUAUUUUUUGUCGAUACCCCGAAGGUCAUCCAGAUAUGAGCCAUGUCACCAUCACGGACGCUGUGGCUGUGUUCUUUGCUAUGGUCCUAGAUGCUCUACCAGUGACGGCAUUCCAUCUUAUCUUCGCCAACAAAUACUCCCGCACCUUGCUCAUGGACAUGCGACGUCUUCCUAAGCUCCUCUAUCGCCAACCGGAGUUCAAGAUUGUGUGGGGUAAUUUACAAAAACUCUCUUUGGAACAAUAUCUCACGUUGGAUAACUUCAGCUUCCUGCUUGAGCUGGUUCUUAGCGCCCCAAACCUCCAAACCCUUUUGCUAAACCUCGGCUCGCAUGACUUGGCUUCCGAAUUUAUGCAUGAACUGGCUGAGAGCGCCAGCUUUUCCCAACUGCGCGAACUCGCCUUGUUCCGAACAUCCAUGCGGGGGCCCGAUCUCCACAAGCUUAUCGGCAAUACCCGCCCAAACUUGACUUCACUCACACUAUACCAUGUUUCCCUAGCACCAGGGAGCGAUUGGACUCCAUUUCUCAAGGAGCUGAGUCAGGGAUUUUUGGCUUUACAAAGUAUCUCGCUAUAUUAUCUGUGGGCCUGUACGCCUGCUAAGGGUGUCUUGACAUUUCCGGACAUUCCAAAGAUACCUUCGCUAUGCACUUCAAAGGGCCAGCAUCUUAACGUAUUUUACUCCGAAGAUAUCAAAACACCCACUGUUCUUGGUGUCGAGUAUUCUGGGUCAAAGAUGUUACAUGUGUUGAAUUUAUUACAGACAGAGAUUGAAAAACCUUGCUCACAAAGAGAGCUGGUUACUUCUAUGUGA